UCUGUGGUCUAAACUAAAGUAUAUUUAAUUUAAAACUGAUAUAUACUUCAUACCUUAUAUCGGCAACGCUACAUUGAAACUUUUAAGAUAAAGUUACCUAUAUGUAACUACAAUCAUUUCUUCCAAACGCAAAAUGGAUUUAAAUUUGUCUUUUAUAACCGGUCUCGGUUGCGGAAUAUGCCUUGGAAUUUCAUUAAUCGUUUUAAAAAAAUACUUCGGCUCUGCUCCCAAUGCUAUUAAAGCUGUAAAGAAGUUUGCAACAAAUUCUGAAUACAAACUUGUAUUAGUUGUGAGGACAGAUCUCAAUAUGAGUAAAGGGAAAAUAGCUGCACAAUGUGGUCAUGCUGCCGUCGGGGCCUUUGAAAAGGCACAAAGAAAAGAUCCCGAAGGUCUAAAAUGCUGGAGAAUGACUGGCCAAGCCAAAGUAGCACUCAAGAUAGAUUCGGUAGAUGAAAUUAAGCAAAUAGCAGAUAAUGCCCAAAAAAUGGGACUGAUAACAUCCUUGAUAAGAGAUGCAGGAAGAACACAGAUUGCUCCUAACUCUAUUACAGUUUUAGGUGUUGGACCUGCACCUAAAGAUGUUAUUGACAAAGUUACAGGUCACUUGAAACUCUUGUAAUUAUUAAACUUUAAAAUACUAAGAAAAUAUUUGUUUUGAUUAGGUAACUUAUCCUUUUUUUAUUUGAUGAUUUACUGGUGUUUUUCAAAAUUAUCAUUAGAUAUCUGACUAAAUAAUCUUUUA